AUGUCCUUAGGCGCCAUUUCGUUCACAUUUCUGGUGGCUAUCAUUGUCCUGGUUGCAGUGAGGAAGUACAAGGGCAGGCCGGCCAAUGGAACGUACACUCUGCCGUUCUUCAGUGAAUGUUGUUGCUCUUCGAGAUCCAACACAUCAACUGGGAAAGAGGUGUUCAAAAAGUCUAAUCUCACUAUUCGGAUGCCCCCAAGUUCAAAUGGUCUCACAGAGGCCAAUGCAAACGCCAUACGUCAGGCCUACUGCUACAAAAUGUGUUUGACCCCGGAGGCAUCAAAAAGUGACUUCAUGUUCCUCAAGCCAUGCAGUCCCGUCAUGUCCGUCCAGCAGAAUAAUGUGAAGAGCACGGAUUAUUUGACAUCCGGAUGGAGCACACUGGACAGGAAUGAAGUGACCAACAACACAUCACCAUCUCCAAAUGAGCUAAAAUCGUCUAACAAGGAUUGGACAUGGACAAAGAAUGAACGCAACCUUGCUUAUAAAAGAUACAGUACAGCCAAUAUGGACGGCACUCUUUCACGCCAACCGAACUAUGACGGCGAGAGCUUUUCCUGCUCCGUUGCACCGCAGUAUUGGACCUGGGGCUCCCAUAUGAAAGACUGCAAGUUAUCUCUUCAAGAAGCGAGCGUUUCCAACUACUCAUGGACGCCAAAAUAUGCACAAACAAACUCAGAGGAGCCAGACUACCAGCACAAUGUGUACAUCCCUGGCACCACAUCUGGAUACAGCACCCUGAAGCUGCCGCCGAGAGGAGAGCUGGACGUGCAUAACAGCUUCUCCACUUUUGGCAAGAAAAAGAGCAGCGGCUAUGCGCUGUCUCCGCCCCUGCUGUGGAGCCGUGUACCUCCAGCGGUGGUAGUGUGCGCUGUGAUCGGCCUGCUGCAGCUCCAGCUCCGAGGCGUGGGGGCGAUGACACCGGCGCUGUCCUUCAUCCACACGAAACCAAAGCCCAAAGCGAUCAAGAUGCCGCCCAAUGCAAACAGAAACAGUGUUAUUAGUAGAAACAGUGUCAUCAGUCAGAGAAGUUCCACCAUUGCGGAUUCGACCCUUAUCUCCAGCGAUGCCUACUGGUACAGUCUGUUCCUGGCUGAGACGAGGAAGGGGAAAGUGGUGGCCCGAGUGAGACAGACUCCAGAGCAUCAACACUGGAGUAUUCAAAAUGAAAGGAAGUCCACCCGACAACUGGAGGGCCCCAGAAGAGAACUGCCAUGA